UCUUAGUGGGUUAACCAAGAUUUAAAUGAGAUGAAACUGAUCUCUUUUAAAAAUAUAUAUAUAUAUUUUUUUUUCUUGUUUGUUGCUUGUAAUUAAAUUCCUGCGAAGUUUAUUUAGGGCGAAUUGAAGUAUAUUGGGACAUCAGGUACACUACAUGGCCAAAAGUUUGUGGACACCUCACCAUCACACCCAUGCGUACUUGUUGAACAUCUCAUUCCAGAUUUAUUCCCCCCCUGUGUUUGCUGUUAUAAUAAGCUCCACUCUUCUGCGAAGUCUUUCCACUAGAUUUUGUGUUCAUUCAGCUACAAGAUCAUUAGUGAGAUCAGACACUGAUGUUGGUGAGGAGGUCUGGGGUUCAGUCGGUGUUCCAGUUCAUCCCAAAGGUGUUCAGUGGGGUUGAGGUCAGGGCUCUGUGCAGGACACUCGAGUUCUUCCACUCCAACCUUCACACACCAUGUCUUCAUGGAGCUCGCUUUGUGCACAGGGGCAUUGUCAUGCUGGAACAGGUUUGAGUCUCGUAGUUCCAGUGAAGGGAAACUGUAAUCCUACAGCAUUCAGAGACGUUCUAUACAAUUGUCAGCUUUCAACUUUGUGCCAAUACUUUGGAGAAGAACCACAUAUCAGUGCGAUGGUCAAAUGUCCAGAAACCUUUUGCCAUAUCGUGUAUAUUAGAACAUUUAAGCUUAGUAGCAUGCAGCAUUUUCUGGUGGAAAUCAAAACUUGUUACAGAGACCAUACAGUGGAACUGCUUGAUAGAAGUGAUAUGACUCAUUCAUCUAACACCUUAAAAGCAGCUGUUGUCAGCAGCAAACAGGAAGCUGAACCCGAAAAGCUCGAGAAUGAGUCUUUUGGGCUCUUGCAUUGAUUCUAAUGGCUGUGCUUCUGCCAAUUUCCUGAUGCGAGUAAAAAAUCAAACUGUGGAAGGUGACCAGGGAAAAAAGACAGACCUCCAACCUCUAUUUGGAUACAUCCCAGAUGGACAAGGCUCCAUUUCCAGACCUGAAGAUGAAGGAUGGUACUACCUACCCAGGAGCAGUCCUGUCAUAUCCCGCCGUGAAGAGACGAAAAUGAAGAAAUCGCCUUCAAAUAAUAGAGAUUUACAUGAACACUCUGAUGAAAACUUUCGAAAGGGGGAGGACUUUUUUUGGGUUGGACUUUCCUCUGUUUCAAAAAUGCUCCAGAACAUUUUCCCAGAAGAACAAACGAUUCCUACUCCUUCAGCUCGGAGGACUUCUCAGGUUUUGCUUUUGGAUACACACAGCGCUUCAGCAGCUACCAGGGACGAAAAAUGUUCUGACAAGCAAAGAAACCUUUCACACGGAACUUCAGAGACCCAAUCUUCUUCAUGUGAGGAAAGUGAUCUUCUAAACACCGGAGCCUCACAACCGGAAAAAGGAACUGGCUUGAACAAAUGUCUGAUCUCAGGUGCUGAGCACGAAGAGCAAAUCUCGGAAGCUUUCUACAGGAACAGUGUGGACCUCGACCAGGAGAACGCUCAUUUUGUAGUGGUGGAUAUGGUGCUGGAGGUUCUAGAGGCGGCGAAGUGGGCUGUGUCCCAAAAACAUUCAGGCUCCUUUUCCUCAACUGACAGUGGCUACGAAGAACUCUGUGACCAUAGACUUUCUUCAAACAGGAGUUCCCAGAAUUUAGCCCGCAGAUGUUCAGCAGAAAUUCUCGCACAGAACUUGCUUGUGGAACUCGAGAGGUGGUGGAUUUCCUCAGAAGAGCUGCUACGGGAAUUUCCCCUGGCUACUGUCUCCAUGGCACCAGGAGGCGAAGCCAGCUUGAGUGACGAGAUCCGUCAGAAAAGCCGAAUGAGGGGGACACUGCUGUGGACUCCACCCCAAUUUCAGAUAAUAUCCAGCGUGAAUCCGACACAGAGGCGCAGUGACGUCAUUGCCUCUCAGCAGUUCCUUUGUGCUGGCUGUGGGACAGAAAUCGAACCACGGUACAUGAAGAGGUUGCGAUACUGUGACUACCUGGGCAAGUAUUUUUGCGAUGGUUGCCACGGCGGUGGCGAAGCCAUAAUCCCAGCGCGUGUUUUGAGCCACUGGGAUUUUGGACGAUACCCAGUGUGCCAGUUUUCCAAGCAGCUACUGGAAUCCAUUUGGGAAAAGCCACUGUUUAAGAUCACCGAUGUAGCUAAGAACCUGUACUCCCAGGCCAAGGAGCUGCAGAAAUUCAAGGAGAUCCAGGAGCAGCUGAUCUCCAUUAAGAAGCUGCUAAGAGCAUGCAGACUAUCUGAAGGAGUCCUGGAGGAGUUCCAGCAGCUUCCAUCCCACCUGAGCGACGAGCUCCACGUUUAUGCCAUGGAUGACCUCGUCAAGAUCAAAAGGGGUCAUCAUCUUACCACGGCAAAGGCAGUGAUGCGUUCUGCGACAAACCACGUGGAGGCCUGUGAGCUAUGCCAGGCAAAAGGCUUUAUCUGUGAGUUCUGCCGUGGAAAGGAUGUGCUCUUCCCCUUCCAGACAGACAUCUGCACACGCUGUCAAGAGUGUAGAGCUUGUUUCCACACUUUGUGUUUCCAAGACGAAGCGUGUCCUAAGUGCGCCCGACUCCAGAUCAGAAGAGCUGCCAGGAGAAAUUAGGAAAUUAUGAUAAUAAUAAUAAUAAUAAAAAUAAAAAAGUCAUUAAAUGCUGCUCAAUUACUUACCAAUGUACAGCAGAAUCCUUAUGAAGUUUAUACUUGGAUGCUAUUGUCUUGUUUUAAUAACUUGGGGAAGCCUUGAAAUUUUUAAUGAAACUACUUUCUUGUUUUUUCUGUCUGCAUAUGACUGAAUACUGUGUAUUUGUAGAAAAUGCCAUGCAUUAAAAAAUGUAUAUUUUUUAAA